AUAAGUGUUAACUCAAAUGAUUAAAGUGUAAGAAUAUACUACAUUUCCCUCACAUACAACAUGAUUAAAAAAAAUAAAAUAAAAAGGCUGGCCAACUAUAAUUGUCCUCUAGUUUUCUAUAUCUAUAAAAAACAAUAACCAUGGAAAGUGGGAGACUAAAAGAAGAUCUCAUUUGAACUUUGAGAUUCAGAGUUGAACAAGAAUGGGAGGUGGUGGCAAUAUGUCUAAUCCAACAGCUAAAACGGAACUAAAGAAAAAUCCUCUCCAAAGAGCUCCAACUUCAAAGCCUCCAUUUACAAUUGGUGAUAUCAAGAAGGCCAUCCCUCCUCACUGUUUUGAACGAUCUUUCAUUCGCUCGUUCUCCUAUCUUGCUCAGGAUCUCAUAGUUGUCUUCAUCUCGUACUACAUAGCCUCCACUUACUUCCACCUCCUUCCAUUCCCGUAUUCUUAUCUAGCAUGGCCUGUUUACUGGGUCGUUCAAGGUUCUGUUUGCGCUGGAAUAUGGUUCAUUGCCCAUGAAUGCAGCCACACUGCGUUCAGUGACUACCAAUGGAUAAAUGACACCAUCGGUUUUUUCCUCCAUUCUGCACUUUUAACACCGUAUUUCUCAUGGAAAUACAGCCAUCGUCGUCAUCACUCCAACACUAAUUCCCUUGAGCAUGAUGAAAAUCAUGUCCCCAAGCUUAAAACCAAACUACGAUGGUACACCAAAUUGUACCUGGAUAAUUCACUAGCACGAGCAUUCAUACUAGUCUUUACUCUGACUGCUGGCUUGCCUUUGUACUAUGCCUUCAAUAUAACAGGCAGGCCUUAUGAUGGUUUUGCAAGUCAUUAUUAUCCAUAUAGCCCGAUUUACAAUGAUCGUGAGAGACUACAAAUUUACAUUUCAGAUGCAGGUAUUAUUGCAACUUUUUAUCUAUUGUAUCGCGUUGCUGUGACACAAGGGAUAACUUGGCUUAUAUGCAUCUAUGGGGUGCCCCUCCUGAUUUGGAACGGCUUCGUAGUGUUAAUCACUACGUUACACCACGCUCAUCCUUCAUUGCCACAUUACGAUUCAUCCGAGUGGAAUUGGCUGCGAGGAGCACUUGCUACUGUAGACAGAGACUACGGUGUGCUAAACAAGGUCUUACACAAUAUUACAGAUACUCAUGUUUUGCAUCAUUUAUUCUCAUAUAUACCACAUUACAAUGCAAUGGAGGCAACUAUAGCAAUCAAGCCAUUGCUAGGAGAAUACUACCAAUUUGAUGAUACCCCAUUUUACAAAGCAAUGUGGAGAAAUUUUAAGGAUUGCCUCUAUGUGGAGAAAGAUGAACAAGGCAUUUUCUGGUUCAAAUGAAGUAUCCCAAGGUUGUGUUUCCAUUGUUAGCUUAAACUUUGUUGUAGAAACCUAUGUUGCUCGUACUACUCUUCAAAAAUGUCAUCAGGUACGUGUCGAAUUCUUCCGAAAUAGAGCAUUUCUAAUGGAUCCGACACUGCGAUAUAUUUCUGAAGAGUACGAACAACUUAGGUAUAAAUAAAUAAAUAAAUAAUGUCCUUUUUAGGUAUCAACCAACUAGUUGUACAUUCCUUUUCAAGAACCCCAAUGGAGUGAGUAUCACAACUAGUGUGGAAUAUAAACUAUCCUUUUGUGCAUUUUUACUUUUCAUGUUUUGCUUUUCGAAUGUCAAAUUGUACGAAUUUUCAUCAAUUGAGAUGUACUUUUUCGUCAUAUUAAUAUGAGAAGGAUCACAAGUUAUAGUA